GGCAGCUGAAACGCCGAGUGGAAACUGAACGUUCGAUCAGCUGGCAACCGCCGCCAAUGGCCGCAUUCGACGGGAUUAUAGGAGACACCGACACUGCUGCCCGCCUGGUGUUUAAAGCGAAAUUCACGGCCAACACCAGUGGCGCACCUCCGAUUAGCACGGUUGGAUACGUACGCCGGCAGGUCCGCGUCUUCCCGGGGCCCGGCGAGUUGGCGGCGUGGGCCGCGCGUCGCAUCCUGGAGCUGGCGGUGCGCGCCGGGGCGGAGCGCGGGGAGUUCCGUGCCGCGCUCUCCGGGGGCAGCGUCGUCGCCGCGCUCGGCCGAGAGCUGCCCGGCCUGCCCGGCCUGCCCUGGGCGCGCACGCGGCUGCUGUUCUGCGACGAGAGGCUCGUGCCGCACCACCACCCCGACAGCACGUACGGCCAGUACAAGGCCAGUUUACUGGGAAAAGUCCCCCUGCCAGAGUCCCACGUAGUAGCAAUUAACCCUUCGCUGUCUGUGGAGGAAGCAGCCCAAGAUUACGAGCGCAGGAUGAGAGAGGUUUUCCCAGGAGAAGAUAUUCCAGUUUUUGAUUUACUUGUGCUCGGGAUGGGACCGGAUGGGCACACUUGCUCCCUCUUUCCUUCACACCCUCUUUUGCAGGAGACGAAACUGCUGGUCGCACCCAUCAGUGACUCCCCCAAGCCUCCGCCAGAGAGAAUCACGCUCACUCUGCCCGUGAUCAACGCAGCCAGAUGCGUGAUGUUCAUCAGUACGGGUGAGAGCAAGGCGGCAAUACUCAAGCAAGUACUGGAGGGCCAUGACGAGCACCCCCUUCCUGCAGCCCUGGUGCAGCCCAGUAACGGGGAGCUGCUGUGGCUUCUGGACAAGGCAGCGGCCAGCCAGCUCAAGUCAGCACUGUGACGUCUGCAUCCUGCAGAGACUGACAAAACUUGGGGUGUCUAACGCUGGGCAGCCCACGGAACGCAUGCAUGUGGUUUCCGUUACGUCAGGGUCUUCAGCCGAGUUGACACAGGUUAUAUAGAACAUUUCCGGGCUGUUCUGGGAGGCUAAUAGCAAUAUCAGAGCGCUAGGACAACACUACUGAGGUCUUUGAUUUAAGGUUCUCAACAGAUGCAUGCGAGUAUUUGUGGAGGGCAUGUGAAUAGUGAUAUUCUCAGUUCUCGGCAUUUUGCGCAUGAAACAGCACAAAUGUGCAAUUUAAUUUGUCCUAAUUUAGUAACUUCUGUCAUCGGCAGUUGCAAAUUGCUGUGGCUAGUUGCAUUAAACAUAUGGGCUAUGCGCAUUCGAUGAUGCUGCUUUAAAUUACAAACCGAGUGUAAAUGUAGCUGAUGGUGUUUUAUGCAAGUAGGCUUUGAUAGCAGGCUUUGGGAUUACACACUGCAUUUGUGUAGCAGUCUGCACGUUUGCAGGUGACCGCAUCUCUAAGCUGGUUUUUAGUAAACCAGAAAUGCCAAGGUGAACUCUUUAGGGUAAUUUUUGUGAAAGUCAUAGGAGCUGCAUUCAUAUGUUGACGAAAACACAUUGCCGUAGCAAUAUGCCGCCCAUUCUGGGUAAGUGGAGACAUUGCGCAACUUAAAACAUUGGUUGACGAGGAACAUUCUUCAGUGUGUGCGCCGAGGCCCUGUGCGCUCGUACAAAAAACUAACAGCGUAAUGCUUUCGUUGUGGAUGCUUUCUAACAGUGUUGGAAAGGCCCAAUACAAAUGUUCAUGAUUCUAUUGACGAUUAAAUAAUGUUUUAUAUUUCUGUGUCAGCAGACAAAUGUGAGAACACCAGUACAGAUUCAAAACAACAGAGAAAAUUGUUAUUUUAUUUCGAUUUAAAGCUUUCGUGACUGCAAUGAUUCAUCUUCUUUGGUUCUUUCAGGUGAAG